AUGAAGACGGUGCUGCUUCUAUUGACAACAGUAGCCCUAGCCAACGCCUAUUACAAAAAAAAGGCGUUAGGCGGAGGAUACGGACAAGGGGGUAGCUAUGGCGGCUUUGUAAGUUCUAAAGGCGGUGGCUAUGGCGGUGGAAGAGGAGGAUGGGGCAACGGCGGCUAUGGCGGUAACGGCGGCUAUGGCGGCGGAAAAGGGGGAUGGGGAAACGGCGGCUAUGGCGGUUACGGCGGCGGUAAUGGAGGAUGGGGUUAUGGUGGCUAUGGCGGUUACGGUGGCUAUGGUGGCGGAAAAGGAGGAUGGGGUAAUGGUGGUUAUGGUGGCGGCGGAAAUAGAGGCUUUGGUGUUUACGGUGGAUAUGGCGGAAAUGGAGGAUGGGGUAACGGAGGGUAUGGUGGCUAUGGCGGUGGAAAAGGAGGAUGGGGCAACGGUGGAUUUGGUGGUUAUGGCGGAAAGGGAGGAUAUGGCAAUGGCGGCUAUGGCGGAAAGGGAGGAUGGGGCAAUGGUGGCUAUGGUGGUUACGGUGGAUAUGGUGGUGGAAAGGGAGGAUUUGGCGGUUACGGUAGCUAUGGUGGAAAUGGAGGAUGGGGCAACGGCGGUUACGGUGGAUAUGGUGGCGGAAGGGGAAGUAUGGGUGGUUACGGCGGAUAUGGUGGCGGAAAAGGAGGAUGGGGGAAUGGUGGCUAUGGCGGCUACGGUGGCUAUGGCGGUGGAAAGGGAGGAUGGGGUAACGGCGGUUUUGGAGGAUACGGAGGUUACGGAGGCUAUGGUGGUGGAAAGGGAGGAUGGGGUAACGGCGGUUUUGGAGGAUACGGAGGUUACGGAGGAAAUGGUGGUGGAAAAGGAGGAUGGGGCAACGGUGGUUUUGGCGGCUACGGAGGCAAUGGCGGAUAUGGUGGCGGAAAGGGAGGAUGGGGCAACGGCGGCUAUGGCGGUUACGGCGGAGGAAAGGGCGGAAUGGGUUACGGUUAUGGCGGUUAUGGUGGCAAUGGAAAUAGUGGCUGGGGCAAUAAAGUUUUCGGUUCCAGGGUUUAUUAA